GGAGGCGCGGGGGGUUGUGGGUAAUGCGGACGCCCCGCGCCAUUCCUGCCUUGGCGCCCGCCGCCCUUUGCGGCACCGUCGUAAAACGGCGGCUGUCGCUUGGCGGCUGGCGCUGAGGACUGGGCCGGGCUCGGAGUUGAUUGGCUCGGGGCCGCGGCGGAGGCGGUUUGAGCGGCGGGGCCCGCGCGGCCGGAGCGGGAGGAUGCUUCCUUUAUCCCUGUUGAAGACUGCACAGAACCACCCUAUGUUGGUGGAAUUGAAAAAUGGUGAAACGUACAACGGUCACCUAGUGAGUUGCGAUAACUGGAUGAACAUCAACCUUAGAGAAGUCAUCUGCACAUCAAGGGAUGGAGACAAAUUCUGGAGAAUGCCAGAGUGUUACAUUCGCGGCAGCACAAUUAAAUAUUUGCGUAUCCCCGAUGAAAUCAUUGACAUGGUGAAGGAGGAGGUGGUGUCAAAGGGCAGAGGUCGUGGUGGCAUGCAGCAGCAGAAACAACAGAAAGGCCGAGGAGGUGGAGGUGCCGGGCGAGGAGUGUUUGGUGGUCGUGGCCGAGGGAUACCAGGGAGUGGAAGAGGGCAGCAGGAAAAGAAGCCAGGCAGACAAUCUGCAAAACAAUGAGACUCUGUACCUUUGCCAGAGACAGUGUUGGGAGGCGCUAUGGUUUUGUCACCUCCGGAUUGCCAUGUGCAUAAAGGUGUUAGAUUUCUAAACUUCAAUUAAUCAAGCUAAACAAACUCUGAAUCAUCAUGCAACUUGUCAGCCCCCCAGAUCCCAGUCUGCUGGUAAAGCUAGGUAAUUGCGGUCACUUUUUUAGCCAGUAAAUCCAUAAUUGGAAAGAUUUGGGUUCUCUUUUCAGUUUGGUAAAGGAGGUGACUUCAGUAGACUCUCUCCUGAGAAGAGUUACAUUCUGUUUAAUUCUUCAGGCUCACUCACUCUAUUUUUAAUACACAUGGAAAUGUUGUCCCUUGUAUGUUUUAAGAACUUGUGUAAACAUUUUGAGGACAGUUUGGUUUUGUUCUUUGUUUUAUACUUGAAAUCAGAUUUGGGAUGUUUUUACAUCUGUUGCAAACACACAACUUUUUAGUUAGAAAAACUGAAAUCGAGGACAUUGUAUCUUUGCUUAAGAGCUGUCUCAAAGAUUCUUCUUUUUUUUUUUUUAACGCCUUUUUUAACUAGCCCUCUGUUUCUGAUGAAGCAGUGGUCCCUCUCUACCAUGCCUUGGACCAUAGGCCAAGGGGAAAACACUCUUGGGUUGUGUGAUUUAAAAACUGAAAAUAAUAAACCUACUAUUACAGGUUCUCAAAUCACAUCACUAAUUCCUGGCUUUGUCUGCUUUGUUACUGUAUGUGAAUUUCACAUCGGGAAGUCCUGAGGUACUGGUACCAAGAGGCUAACGGCUCUUUUUACACUAGAUAUAAUUCAUUUGGUCAUAACUACUUGAAUGUUUCGUUGGUUUGUGUGCAUGCACUAUUCUGAGUUCUCCAUGGUAAGUGAGUCUCCCAAAUACUGAGAUAUUUUUUUUAAAUUUAAGACUGUGGAUGAAACUUCCUUUGUAAAUGGGUUGAAAUGCCGAUGCACCACUUAGUCUUCAGAUUACUUUAUUUGAGAGAGGAUUGAAUAGUGAGGUAAGAGGAGGAUGUGCUUUGACUAGUCUUUAACCCUAACCUCACUCUGGAGACUGACUUGUUUUGAAAUAAGACUGAUUUCCCGCCCCCGCCCC